AUGGGUGGUCUGUACGGACAGCAAGGAGGACGUGGUGGAAGUGGAGGACUGGGUAGAUUCUCAGGCGAAGUCGGAGACAGUGAUUUCGAUGGCCUUUCCGGUCAAAGCGGUUCGCUGGGCGUCGGUCGCGGACUACUUGGCUGGGGCAGCCGAAGUGGCGGUUUGGGCUCCGGUGGAAGCGGAAGCUUUGGCAGCCAAGGCGGCUUCGGUGGAAGCAGCGGUGGACGAGGCGGAUUUGGCAGCAGUUUUAGUCAGUUCGGGGACAAUGACGACGAUAAUUAUGGCCUCGGCAGUCUGUCUGGACAAAGCGGCCCUUCUAGCACGCUGAGUGGUCUGUCCGGAAGUAGCUCUGGCGGAAGCUCCUUCGGUGGGCUCGGUGGAUUGUCAAGCGGUGGAUACGGCGGAUCCAGCAACGGAUUGGGAGGAGGCUUUGGCGGCAGUAGCAGCUGGAGUUUAGGAGGUGCUGGUAGUGCUUGGCAGCAGCAGCAGGACCAGGGCCAGCAACAGGAGAAGGUGUUUUAG